UUCUCCGUUUUGGAACCGGAAAUACUGCGGAGGUCUAGAGGGGGAGGGGGGUGACAGCAAUUUGUGCACCUCCGAGACUAGAACGGAGGUCCGAACCUCCCUCUCCUUAGCACCCCCAGUGCAUCCAAACUGAGCCGGUACCCUCACCUGACCCUAGAAUGAUUGAUCACCCCGCCUCACCUCGAAGGACACCAGGAGGCUCGCCUCUCCCGUUAUAAACUAUGUUUUAUUUUUCAGACUUUGAAGGGCCCACUGGGCCACUUACCCAGCCUCAUUCGUGCCCCUGUUGCUGUACAAAUUCUGACCAUCAAACACAAAAUCACAAUUUCCUGGAUGAGACCCUUAAAGGCCCAGGAAAGCAGUCAGCCCUGCCAUUUCCAGGCCACUCCACACCAGAGGCUUUGCAAGGAGUAGGGGGAAACCACGUGGCUUGGAGUACCUUCAGAAUGCCACAGAGAAGGCGACCCCCGCUUUACAGAUGAGGAAGCUGAGGUGCUGCAGCCACCUUCACUGUGCUUAGACCCCCGUAGCACCCACAGGAUUGCCCGUCCUCCAGCGCCUCAGUGCGAAGGUGUGAACUCAGUGUGCUUCAGAGCCUCCCCACCAUGACCUCCAAAAAGCUGGUGAACACGGUGGCAGGCUGUGCCGAUGAAGCCUUGGCUGGUCUGGUGGCCUGCAACCCCAGCCUGCAGCUCCUGCACGGCCACCGCGUGGCCCUCCGUUCCGACCUGGACAGCCUCAAGGGCCAGGUGGCACUGCUGUCGGGUGGGGGCUCUGGCCAUGAGCCUGCCCAUGCCGGUUUCAUAGGGAAGGGGAUGCUGACGGGGGUCAUCGCAGGAGCCGUGUUCACCUCCCCGGCGGUGGGCAGCAUCCUGGCAGCCAUCAGGGCAGUGGCCCAGGCGGGCACAGUGGGGACCCUCCUCAUCGUGAAGAACUACACUGGGGAUCGCCUCAACUUUGGCCUGGCCCGGGAGCAGGCCCGGGCUGAGGGCAUCCCUGUGGAGAUGGUGGUCAUUGGGGACGACAGUGCUUUCACCGUCCUGAAGAAGGCGGGCAGGAGGGGACUCUGUGGCACAGUGCUCAUACACAAGGUGGCAGGUGCCCUGGCUGAGGCAGGUGUGGGGCUGGAGGAAAUCACAAAUCGGGUGAGCGCGGUUGCCAAGGCCAUGGGGACCCUGGGAGUGAGCUUGUCCUCCUGCAGCAUCCCUGGCUCCAGACCCACCUUUGAGCUCUCGCCGGAUGAGGUAGAGCUGGGCCUGGGGAUCCACGGGGAAGCUGGCGUGCGCCGGGUAAAGAUGGCAAGCGCCAACGAGAUUGUGACGCUCAUGCUGGACCACAUGACGGCCUCCGCCAACGUGUCCCGGGUGCCUGUGCAGUCCGGCUCCUCAGUGGUGCUGAUGGUCAACAACCUUGGUGGCUUGUCAUUCCUGGAACUGGGCAUCAUAGCCGAUGCUGCUGUCCGCACUCUGGAGGGCCGCGGGGUGAAGAUCGCCCGUGCCCUGGUGGGCACCUUCAUGUCAGCCCUGGAGAUGCCCGGCAUCUCUCUCACUCUUCUGCUGGUGGAUGAGCCUCUCCUGAAACUGAUCGAUGCUGAAACCACCGCGUCAGCCUGGCCUAACGUGGCCAAGGUCUCUGUGACUGGGCGGAAGCGGAGCCGGGCCGCCCCUGCUGAGCCUCUGGAGGCCCCUGUUUCCCCUGUUGCAGGAGGUUUGACCUCGAAACGGGUGAUGCUCGUGCUGGAACGGGUGUGCACCACCCUUCUGGGCCUGGAGGAGCAUCUGAAUGCUCUGGACCGUGCUUCCGGUGACGGGGACUGUGGCACCACCCACAGCCGCGCUGCCAGAGCCAUCCAGGGGUGGCUGAAGGAGGGCCCACCCCCUGCCAGCCCUGCCCAGCUACUCUCCAAACUGUCCCUCUUGCUCCUGGAGAAAAUGGGAGGCUCAUCUGGGGCGCUUUACGGCCUGUUCCUGACUGCAGCGGCCCAGCCACUCAAGGCCAAGACUGACCUGCCAGCCUGGUGUGCUGCCAUGGAUGCCGGCCUGGAGGCCAUGCAGAAGUACGGGAAGGCUGCUCCAGGGGACAGGACCAUGCUGGAUUCCCUGUGGGCAGCAGGACAGGAGCUCCAAGCCUGGAAAAGCCCAGGGGCCAAUCUGUUCCAAGUUUUGACCAAAGCAGUCCAGAGCGCAGAAGCUGCAGCCGAGGCCACCAAGAACAUGGAAGCUGGAGCCGGAAGAGCCAGUUACAUCAGCUCUGCGCGGCUGGACCAGCCGGACCCUGGGGCAGUGGCAGCUGCAGCCGUCCUCCGCGCCAUCCUGGAGGCCUUGCAGGGCCAGGGCGUGUGAGGGCCUCCUGGGCCUCGGUGCCUCUCUCACCACUGUGCAGAGAUGACCACUGUCGCUUCGUCCUGUCUUCCAGCUGUUACCCUCCCUCACCGCUGGCCCCCAGGGCCUGUCCUGCGUUCAGCAGGGAACCUCUACCAGCCUCCAGAAUUCCUACAGGAACGGCAGGCUGAGUGGGUCGUGUACCACUUUGGCCCUGCCUUUCCCCUCUUCAGGGAGGUGAAAUUCAGGGGCCACCCCACUCUGCCCCUAGCCACCUCCGGGCCUCCACGAUAGGCAUUUUCCUUGGGUGGCAACAUGGCCUUGAACUGGCCAUGCUAAUUCAGUUUUAAGGCUCUUUGUGGAAGGCCUUCUGACGUUGAGUGAGUGUAGAAAAGGAAGCGAAUAAAAAACCACAUUGAAGCAAGAGCUCCUGCUUCUGCUGAGGGACCUUUUUGCAGGUGUGUGAACCAGUGGGCCCACUAAUGCCCCAGGCACAAAGCCUCAGCCCCGAUUGAAAAUGAUCAUGACCCAUCCCCUACCACCUAAGACCCAAGGGCAGGGUCUGUGCCGCUGGGCUGUUUUCCCAUUCCUGUUCUCCAGUACACACACCACACCCGAUAGGUGUAUUUUUCUUCGCACUAAACUUAAACAGAAUUCACAUAUUCUUCGGGAAUCAAAUGGGACACUGGAAGAAAUCACCACAUUCUAAAGCUCAGUGGUUGAACAGAAACUGCACCCAAGCCAAACCCCAGGUCUCUCGAGAGCAACACUGACAGCGGGUGGGCAAGCAGGAAGGGGCUGUGGAGUCUGGCGCACGACACACGCCUGGCCCAUCCUUGGUGCAGGGGCGCAGUUAAAGGCACUGGCGUGGACUCAAACCAGACUAAAUCCUGAUUCUGCUUCCAACCAGCUACGUAAACUCAGGUCUACUAUUUAGCCUCUUGGGACCUGUAAAACCAGAAUUGUACCCGUCUCAUGGGGACAUGGAUGAGCACUGAAAUAAACUGAUGAAGGUAAAGCCCCCA